AUGGGCUACUCAGGCGGCGACGACCAACGACAACCUUCGGUAACGAUACCCAUUGCAGUCUGUAUGGGCAUUUCUCUGUACAAUGUUAUUGAGCUCAAUGUUCUUAUCCUCACAACGUUCAAGACAAGGAAGAGCUUGUACUUUUGGAGCUUUCUGGCUGCUACGAAUGGGAUUGCACCUCAUACCAUUGGCUUCCUUCUCAAAAAUCUGGUCUUUUCUGAUAAUUUUGUUUUGUAUAUCACGCUUAUUUCUGUUGGUUGGGUUUUGAUGGUCACGGGCCAAUCGCUCGUCUUAUAUUCUCGACUACACCUCAUUUUCUGGAACCAGUUCAUUCUAAAGCUUGUGCUGGCUAUGAUUAUCACCAAUGCCGUUGUUUUGCACAUUCCAAUCAUCAUUCUUAUGUACGGCGCCAACAGUAGCGACAAGAACCCAUGGGUCCAUCCAUAUCAGAUCUACGAAAAGAUCCAAGUCACGGUGUUCUUCUUUCAAGAGCUUAUCAUCUCGGCAAUCUAUAUCAAAGCAUGUUCUUCGUUCUUUGGGACAGAAGGGCUUUUAUAUCGAAAAGGCGUUCGACGAAUGAGGAGGCAUUUACUCUUUGUCAACGUUGUCAUAAUACUUCUCGACAUUCCGAUCUUGGUCCUCGAAUUCGCAGACUUUUACGACUUUCAGACAGCUUAUAAAGCGAUUGUCUACAGUAUCAAGUUAAAGCUUGAGUUUAACCUUUUGAAUCGGCUUGUGGAUGUUGCAAAAGGGAAUGAUACACGUGGGGCGGAGAGUGGAAAUCAAAUUGUGCGUUUGAAAGCUUUUGAGUAA